AUGGCGUCUAGACCAGGUUUUCUCACGGACUGGCCAUGGACACCUCUUGGAAGCUUUAAGUACUUGUUGUUGGCCCCGCUGGUUUUUGACAGCAUCUACUCAUAUGCAACCAUACGAGAUCACGAAAAACUUUUGAUAGUGGCCGUGACGGUGUGGCGGAUUGUUCAUAGCCAAAUAUGGAUAAGUUUAUCCCGUUACCAAACUGCAAAAGGAACCAAGCGGAUCCUGAACAAGUCCAUAGAGUUUGACCAAGUUGACCGAGAACGAACCUGGGACGAUCAGAUCAUCUUCAACACUCUCAUUGUUUACUUAACCAAAGUGUACGUCUCAGGGACCAGUACCAUUCCCUUCUGGCGAACCGAUGGAGUGAUCUUAGUCGCUCUCCUCCAUGCUGGUCCGGUGGAGUUCAUCUACUACUGGUUUCAUCGAGCCCUUCACCCGGUGGUACAUCCGUUUGCAGAGCACAUCGGAUAUACGUUAAUCUUGGGGCUACCUCUAAUAACGACUUUUAUGUGUGGAACGGUCUCGUUCCUCUGCUACACUCCCUCGUUUCAUUCGCUCCACCAUACGCAAUUCAGGACGAACUACUCUCUAUUCAUGCCAAUGUACGACUACAUCUAUGGCACCACCGACGAGUGCAGUGACUCAUUAUACGAAACAUCGUUGGAGAAAGAAGAAGAGAAGCCUGACGCGAUUCAUCUUACUCAUCUAACAUCACUCGACUCUAUUUACCAUCUCCGGCUUGGCUUUGCUUCCCUCUCCUCUCACCCGCUCUCUUCCCGGUGUUACCUAUUUCUCAUGAAGCCCUUCGCUCUUAUCCUCUCCUUCAUUCUCAGGUCCUUCUCUUUUCAAACCUUUGUCGUCGAGAGAAACCGCUUCCGUGAUCUCACACUUCACUCCCACCUUCUUCCCAAGUUCUCCUCUCAUUACAUGUCGCACCAGCAGAAAGAAUGUAUCAACAAAAUGAUAGAGGCGGCUAUUCUUGAAGCGGAUAAGAAGGGUGUGAAAGUAAUGAGUUUGGGACUAUUGAACCAGGGUGAAGAAUUAAAUGGGUAUGGAGAAAUGUACGUAAGGAGGCAUCCAAAGCUAAAGAUAAGGAUAGUGGACGGAGGCAGUCUUGCAGCUGAGGUGGUGCUUCAUAGCAUUCCUGUUGGGACCAAAGAGGUUCUCUUUAGAGGCCAAAUCACAAAAGUUGCUCGUGCCAUUGUCUUUUCUCUUUGCCAAAAUGCCAUCAAGGUAAUGGUGUUGCGCAAGGAAGAGCAUUCCAUGCUCGCCGAAUUCUUGGACGAUAAGUGUAAGGAAAAUCUUGUGCUCACAACCAAUUACUAUCCAAUGAUUUGGUUGGUGGGAGAUGGGCUAAGCACAAAAGAGCAGAAGAUGGCAAAAGAUGGAACUCUAUUUCUUCCUUUCUCUCAAUUUCCUCCUAAAACACUACGAAAAGACUGCUUUUACCACACCACUCCGGCUAUGAUUAUCCCUCACUCUGCCCAAAACAUUGAUUCUUGUGAGAAUUGGCUGGGGAGGAGAGUGAUGAGCGCAUGGAGAGUUGGUGGGAUAGUACACGCGCUUGAAGGGUGGAAGGAACACGAGUGCGGUCUCGACGACAAUUCAAUCAUUAAUCCUCCUAGAGUUUGGGAAGCUGCUCUUCGAAAUGGUUUCCAACCUCUACUUCUGCCAUCUUUAGAGACCUAA